AUGAGUGUCUCACCCAAAACCCUUGAGGAGGCCAAGCCUGCACCCCAGGUGUCAGAGACGUACGGCUAUGGGGAUACCAAGUCCAUAGAGCUGGGGACGCAGAAUGACGUUAAUACCGAGACCCAGCGUGGUCUGUCAUCAAGACAACUGCAGUUGAUUGCCAUGGGCGGCUGCAUCGGGACGGGUCUUUUUGUUGGAGCUGGAUCAACCCUUUCUCUGGUUGGACCUGCACCACUAUCCAUGAGCUAUGCCGUCAUGGCGCUGAUUGUCUGGCUGGUCAUGAAUGUUCUGGGCGAAAUGACCACCUAUUUACCCGUGAAGGGCAUCUCAGUCCCGUACCUGAUAGGCCGCUUCACGGAGCCUAGUAUUGGCUUUGCUGCGGGUGAGUCUGGCAAUCCGAAUUUUGUGAUCGCUGGGAAUGAGUUCUAUUGA